AAGCAGAAUUGUAUGCAGGUCUCGGCCUCGAACGGCGACGGCUCGGUCGGUGUGAAUGCAUGUACGUACUGCGUAUGUGCUUGCGCGCGGGGCUGCUGUUAAAUGAGUUGGCGCGCCGAUGUGGACGGACGCUAGGCACUGGCGCUGGCUGGGCCAUGAUCAAGGUUGCUGGUCAUUAGUUGCUGGAUGGUCGCCCGUCAGAAGAAAAUUCAGUUGAAAAUCCUGCCACUCAGACCAUUUCACGCCCGGGAUAUGGUCAUGGUUGGCAUGGCACGAUCGAUAAAGCGUUGGAGUGGUAUUCGGGGCGAGGCCUCUGCGGCCCCCGGAAGCAGUGCUACGGGAAAUACCAUGCCGACACGCAUGGCCGUGUUAACCAAAAUGGCCAGAGACGAGCCAGAAACGGUGAGAGUCCCAAGACCAAGCUCCAAGACAUGAGAAAAGAUGGGACCGGAGGACUAGGCUCCCGGACUGGGACCAUGUACGGAGUGAGGACAGGAGAAGCGGCGAUCACGCAGUGCAGUUGUCACGCCUGAGGACAACUGGACGCAUGCACAACCGACGUUACGGGGGUGGUUGGUGGUCUGUAUGCGCUGUGCGUAUUGUACAAGGUACGAAGUUGGUAAUGAGUACUCCCCAAGGUAGCAAUAUGAAUAGGUGGC